GAUUGAUGAUUGAUAAUCCUUUAUUUAUAGAACAUCCUUGAUAAUUGAUGAUAGCAUGUAAAUAUGUAAACUCUAUAUGCCAGUUAUACGAUAUUGACGAAAAUACCCUUGACAAACCACAGAUCUAAAUUUCCUAAAAUUACAAAGCCAUGGGCAAAAUAGUAAUUUGACCUCAACCCAAUACAUUGCCGAUCAAAACACCAGAGGCUCCUUUCGUCCACCAUGGCUUCGUACGAACUUUGAUUUGAAGCUUCAAGCAAAAUCAAAUUUCAACACGUUUUUUCAAUUUUUCCCCAAUUUUCAAAAUUAUCAAAGCUAUAUUCAAAUUCAAUAACACCAUUGCAAGAUUUGAGGUACGUUGUGCAAUUGUUCCCUUGCAAAUCAGAUUUGCCCUUUAUGUGCUAUAGCGCCACAUCCGUGUCAUGCAACACUCACUGUUCUGUAUUUUUUGUUCAAAAGAUGUGGGGAAAUUAGUGCAAUGGCAGCAUCCACCAAGUUUGACGCAUCUUCCACCAGCCCAGAUAGACCUCUGUACACUGGGCAGCGGGGAUCCCACAUAGCUGCUUCAUUAGAUAGAUCAGGCAGCUUUCGUGAAAGCUUAGAAAAUCCAAUUUUGUCUUCUCUUCCAAACAUGUCAAGAAGCAGUUCUUCAGCAACACAAGGGGAUGUGAAUAGCUUCUUCAGUUGUGUGCGUUUUGAUCCAAAGUUGGUUGCUUUAGAUCACAAGUCUAAUCGUCCAAUGGAUUAUAAACGACAUGUCAGUGCUGCUCUUGGAAUUUCACCAGAUGAAUCUCCUUCUAGUUAUGCAAAAGGCAAGCAAUUGACAUCCCCAGUCCCAGAAGAUAUCAAAAGACUCAGGGAUGGUUUACAUGCAAACUUUAGGAGGGCAAGGGAUCGUGCUAAAAUGUUCAGUGAAGCCUUAUCGAGAUUCAACAAAGAUUUCCCAAAUAUAACUUCAAAGAAGAGAUCUCGAGCUGAAAAUUUUUCUACUGACCGUUCUAGUUUUACAUCAAGUGAUCGGUCGGUCUUGGGCCCAAGCAUAGGUAAGGUUGGAGUUCAUGGUCAUGCAGUCAUAGGUAGUUUUGAACAUGACCAGCAAAAGUUGGAAGAAAGAACCAAAACUGGUGUUCCAAACAAGCGCACUAGAACUUCUUUGGUUGAUGUUAAGAUGGAUGUGCGGACUAAUUCGCUCGUCAGGUCAUCUGGGACUGUAGAUAGAGAGAAGGAUAUCCUUCGAAUUGCUAAUAAUGGUACCGUUCAGGGUGAGGAACGAACUUUUCCCAUCGGAGGUGAUGGUUGGGAGAAGUCUAAAACAAAGAAGAAGCGUUCUGUCAUCAAACCAGAUGGGUCUCCAAGUACAACAUCGGCGAGACCUGUUAACAUUUUCCAGGAAACUAAGCAAGGAAUGCAACAAAGACUAGCUACUGAUGCUCGGUCAAAAUUGAGUAACGAUUCUCAUUCUUUCAGGUCGGGUCUUUCUAAUGGAACUGCUGGAGCUGGAAAAUCAGAUGGCAUCUCUCAACAAGCUGGGCUGGGCACACGUGUCUCUACUCCUAGAAAUGACACAGAUAGCAAUUCUACUGUCAAUGAUAGGCGAGAUCGUCCUGUUAAUUCAGACAAGGAAAGGAUGAAUUUCAGAGCUGCGAACAAGGAAACUGUCCGUGAUGAAUUUAAUUCAACUAGCCCUAAUUCAAGUGCAAAAUUGAAUACAUCUAUUCGGGCGCCACGGUCAGGUUCAGGAGUGGCUUCCAAGUUGUCGCCAGUCGUCCACAGAGCAACUGUUCCUAAUGAUUGGGAACUAUCUCAUUGUACCACUACCACCAAGCCCCCUGCUGGUGUUGGCACAAACAAUCGCAAACGUGCAGCAUCAGCACGGUCAUCUUCUCCACCUGUUGCCCCUUGGCAGAAGCCACAAAAGAACUCCCGCACUGCCAGAAGAACAAAUUUUAUUCCUGUUGUUUCAAGUAAUGAUGAUUCCCCUGUUUUGGAUUCUGUAUCUGAUGCGUCUGGCAGUGAUCUGGGGUUAGGAUUUCCCAAACGUUUAUCUGGCAGUUCUCCCCAGCAAAUAAGAUUAAAAGGUGAUCCAUCUUCUUCAGCUGCCUUAUCUGAAAGCGAAGAGUCAGGGGUGGCUGAAAUGAAACCCAAAGAGAAGGGCAGGAAACCGGAUGAGAUGGACCAGAAAGCUGUACAAAAUGUUCAAAAGGUUUCUAACAUGAUCCCUCCAAUAAAAAAAAACAAGCUUGUAUCCAGGGAAGAACAUGGAGACAGUGUUCGUAGGCAAGGAAGGACAGGGCGGAAUUUUCCUGCUACAAGGUCAUUGGUACCAAUGACAUCUGAGAAGCCUGGAAAUAUAGGGACUGUAAAGCAACUCAGAAGUUCAAGACUAGGAUUUGAGAAGAGUGAAAGCAAGGCAGGUCGUCCACCAACCAGAAAACUUUCUGAUAGGAAGGCAUAUGCUCGUCAAAAGCACUCAGCUAUUAGUGCAUCAGCAGAUUUCCCUGUUGGGCCAGAAGAUGUACAUGAAGAGCUAUUGGCUGCUGUAAAGGGUCUUAUCAACUCUGGUCGUGCUUUUUCUAGCCCAUUUUGGAGGCAGACGGAGCCUUUCUUUGGUUUGAUAAUUGAAGAGGAUGUUGCUUACUGGAAACAAAAGAUAAAUCUUGAGUCAAGCGGAUUGAUGCCAACUCCAGUUUCUUCAAAUAGAGAUGAUUGUGAAGCUGUUGCUAAUGGGUAUGGGUUGCUGGUUUGCGGAAGAGAUAUGCAACCUGAUGCUCAAAGGGGUGCUGGAGCUAAAGGGGAUUGUAAUGUAAUUCCCCUUUGUCAAAGGUUGCUAUCUGCUUUAAUUUCAGAGGAGGGUUGCAGUGGAUGUGAAAAUCUCAACUUUGAUGCGUAUGAUACUCAAUUUGAGACAAAUGGGGAGUUGGAACUGGACCAUUUGGAUAACAACUCACCAGCUAAUUAUAACUUCCCCAGUCAUUCUGCUUGCAAUGGUUAUAGGACAACUCAGAUGCUGGAACAUGAUGAUAUUACAAGUGAUUUAGUUGAUAUUCCAUCCAAUGGAUUGCACUCAAGCCAGAAGAUUUCAGAGUUGGAAUAUGAUUCCUUGGAUAUGAAUGACAAGCUUCUCUUGGAGCUUCAAAGCAUUGGAAUUUCCCCAGAACCCAUGCCUGAAAUAUCGCAAACAGAUGAUGGAGUUUGGGACGAUAUCACUAGGUUAGAGGAGCAUUAUCAAAGACAGAUUUCCAUGAAGAAACGCUUGCUAGAAGGGUUAUUGGAAUCUGCCUCAGUGACCAAAGAAUGUCAAGAAAAGGAUUUUGAACAACGCUCUCUAGACAAACUUGUUGUGAUGGCUUAUGAGAAAUACAUGGCUUGUUGGGGUCGUAAUCCCUCAGGUGGGAGAAAUACAAGCAGCAAAGUGGCCAAGCAAGCUGCAUUGGGAUUUGUUAAACGAACAUUGGAGCGGUACCAUCAAUUUGAAGAUACAGGCAAGAGCUGCUUCAACGAGCCUUUAUUCAAGGAUAUGUUCUUUGCUGCUUCUUCCCAGCUGAGUAUUGUUCGUCUAGUAGAUGUCAUGGAGGCUGAAUCUGCAAAACCACAUGCUUCUACCCUUUCUCUGGAAGCAAGAACAGGUUCCAUUAGUUCACGGAAGAGCCAUUCACAAUUUAGUCCGAACAUGAAUAAUCAUGAUGUCAAUUUAUCAGAUAUUUUUCCUGUUAUAAAUAAUUCAUUUGAACAAACUAGUGGGAAGGAAGAUCUUUGGUCAAACAGGGGGAAGAAAAGGGAAUUGUCCCUUGACGACGUUGGUGCUUCAAGUGUUCCUUCGGGCAUUAGAGGUUCUCUAUCAAGCAGCACAAAAGGAAAGAGAAGUGAAAGAGAUGGAAAAGGGCAGAGCAGAGAAGGGAUAUCCAGAAAUGGAACUACCAAAGCCGGUAGGCCAGCAUUAUCUAAUACUAAAGGAGAAAGGAAACCCAAAUCAAAGCCUAAGCAAAAAGCAGGUCAACAUUCUGUUUCUGUUAAUUGCCUCGUUGGCAAACUAUCAGACCAACCUAAACCAGCAUUGCCAACUGUUUCAAAAUCAAAUGAAUUGCCUACCAAUAGCAAUGCCAAGGAAAAGAAGGAGUCUGCCGUGGCUGAAGAUGAACACGAGCCUAUAGAUUUGUCCAACCUGCAACUACCUGGAAUGGAUGUACUUGAUGAUCAAGGUCAGGAUAUUGGUUCGUGGUUGAAUAUUGAUGAUGAUGGAUUGCAAGAUGACGGGUUUAUGGGCCUUGAAAUUCCGAUGGAUGACCUUUCAGACUUGAACAUGAUGGUUUAAAGCAGCUCUCUAUGUAUAUUACCGUUCAUUAUACCAAUGACAAAGGAAACAAAGUACUUUAAGUAAUGACUAGUUAUAGAGGAUGGUCUUAUGGCUAAUCCUGUCCUUAAUUAGGUUAUAUAGAUUCUUUGGUAGAUUACCCUCCCCCAAGUUUUUUGAGUGACUUUCAGUGUUUCGGAUUUUGCUUUUUUGAAGUUCAUGACUUCCAGUGUAAAAAUCUUUUUGUUCAAGUAACAAAUUAGUAUUCCAGUGAUUAUAAGUUAGCAAACAUGUAUCCUGGUUGUAGCUCUUAUAGAUCGGAGAACAAGGCCUUUGUACAGACAUUUAAUAUUUUAAUAAAAUAAGCUUUCAUUUACUGAAA